GCACAUCUAUGCAAAUUGGCACAAGUCAUUCAAAGAUGAGGAGCUGAAAGAGUUGUUUUGGAAAUCAGCUAGGGCCUACUCUGAAAGUGACUAUCUACAAGCAAUUGAAGACAUGAAAGCAAUCAAUCCUGAUGCUGUAGAGGCCUUACUGAAGCAGAAUCCCAACUGGUUUAACAUGUGCUAUUUGAACACCCACACCAAGUGUGAUGUAAUAGUAAACAACAUGGCAGAAACCUUUAAUGGUUUUAUCAUUAAUGCAUAAUUCAUAUGUUAGAGGAUAUAAGGAUUCAGGUCAUGAGUAGGUUAGUGACAAAAAGGACAGAAAUGGCUGCCAGAGAUGUUAUCAUUUGCCCUAAAAUCCAGGAAAAACUUGAAUUUUCAAAAGCUGCUUCUUAUAGAUGUGAGGUGUAUCCCUCAUCAUAUCAAGUUUUCCAAGUAAGGGAUUUUGAUGAUGUCUCUGUGGAUCUAGAAAAGAGAAGCUGCACAUGUAGAAAAUGGGAUUUAAGAGGAUAUCCUUGUAAACAUGUAUGUGCUGUUGCUGGUUUUUUACAUAAGAAUGCUGAAGACUAUGUUGAUGUGUGUUAUCACAAAGAUACAUACAUGAAGGCUUAUGAGUUCUCAAUACCUCCAUUGCCUAGUGAAAGGUAUUGGACCAAGAUCAACCAGCCAAUGGAUCCACCACCAAUCAAAUCUGCUCCUGGUAGGCCCAAGAAGAAUAGGAAGAGGGAUCCUCAUGAAGAUCCAAAAAGGCCUGGGAGACUCACAAAGCAUGGGGUUAUAAUGAAAUGUAGUAACUGUGGGGCUAGAGGUCACAACAAAAGAAAGUGCACUGAGAAGGAGAAAACAACUGAAGGUGGUUCUGCUCCAAAGAGACAGAAGAAGUCAACUAAAAAGGCAACAAAGCAGUCCACUCAAGAGGCAACCCAGCAGUCCACUUAUGAGGCAACCCAGCAGUCCACUCUUGAGGCAACCCAGCAGUCCACUAAAGAAGCAACUCAAAAAUCUACUCAAAAGGGAACCAAGUCAAGUCAAAAGGGAAUCAACAAGUCAAGUCAAAAGGGAAAGAGAAAGACCAAUCAAGGCUGAAGUUAUAUGUGAUCUUUUGUGUUUGUGGCACUGUUAUGUAUGACUUAAUUAAGUAGACAAUGUUAUGUAUGACUCUAAUGUUAUGUGGGACCAGUUAAGUAGUCAAUCUAUGACUUUUCUACGUUGUUUGACUUUU